AUGAAGUUGAACACAAUUUUUUGUGUGGCUGGAGCCAUACUUCUCAACAUAGCAGGCUGCCUGGGUCAAUCAGAUGUAUGUGGUCAAGCCCCCCUCAACACCAAAAUUAUUGGAGGGCAGAAUGCAACGGCAGGCUCUUGGCCGUGGCAAGCCAGCAUUCACGAACUGUCCACUGGACGCUUUUAUUUCACCGGGACUCUCAUCAAUAAAGACUGCAGCUACCAAUGUGGAUUCAUAAUAGUGAAAAUAAAACUGACUUGUAUUUACAGCAUCAAUGUUUCUGACAUUGUGAUCUACUUGGGGCGUCUGACCCAAAAUGGCUCAAACCCACAUGAGAUAUCCAGGACAGUGACUCAAAUCAAACAUCCUAAUUAUAACAGUCUUGGUUACAGUCUAGCACUGUUCCAGCUCUCUUCUUCUGUGAAUUUCACUGAUUACAUUAGGCCAGUCUGUCUGGCGGCUGCCGGUAGUGAGUUUCCUGCUGGUACAGAGAGUUGGGUCACUGGAUGGGGCUCGAUCAGUGCAGAAGGUGAGAAACAUUUAUUACAGCUUCCAGACAUACUGCAGGAGGUGGAGAACCCUGUUGUGGACAACACUGAAUGCAAUAAUUCCUAUGGAGGCAUCAUUACAGACAAGUUGAUCUGUGCUGGAUUUUUAAAUGAAGGAGGGAAAGCACCAUGUAGGAGAGACUUUGGAAGUCCACUGCUCAUUAGGCAGGGCUCCGUAUGGAUUCAGUUUGGAGUUGCAGUCUUUUCUCGUGGAUGUGGUCUACCCGGUUAUCCUGCUGUAUACAUCAGAGUGUCUGAAUAUCAGGACUGGAUCAGUAAUUACACAAGCAGCAACGAGCCUGGAUUUGUCUCGUACCCUAUUGUUCCUGUCAUUGUUUCUGUCCUUGAUGGAGGUUCAGUCAACGUCCUCUCAUUUUCCAUUGCUCUCACUUUCUCCAUUAUCCCUCUCAUCUUACACUUUUUUUAAAGAUUGUGUGUCAUGAUACUUUUAUGGAUACACUUCU